AUGGACACGCCUCCUCUGACUCUGGACACGCCUCCUGACUCUGGACACGCCUCCUUUUUGUCAGGACACACCUCCUCUGACACUGGACACGCCCCCUCUGACUCUGGACACGCCUCCUUUUUGUCAGGACACACCUCCUCUGACUCUGGACACGCCUCCUCUGACACUGGACAUGCCUCCUCUCUAGACACGCCUCCUCUGACCCUGGACACGCCUCCUCUGACUCUGGACACGCCUUCUCGGGCACUGGACACGCCUCCUCUGACACUGGACACACCUGCUCUGACUCUGGACACGCCUCCUCUGACUCUAGACAUGCCUCCUCUGACUCUGGACACGCCUCCUCUGACUCUGGACACGCCUCCUCUGACUCUGGACAUGCCUCCUCUGACUCUGGACACACCUUCUCGGGCACUGGACACGCCUCCUCUGACUCUGGACACGCCUCCUGACUCUGGACACGCCUCCUUUGACACCGGACACGCCUCUUCUGACUCUGGACACGCCUCUUCUGACUCUGGACUGUGUUGA